GCUUGGAUAUGGAUGAGCUUGCAGUUGCAGUAAUCAAAAACACUUCGUGGCUUGCGCAUGCGUGUUUGGUGAAGUCUGUGCAGGACUUCGAAGCAGGCAGUGGAGCUCUGGUUGCGUAGGUUAGGUACUCGUCAUCAUCAGGAGAGCGAAAUAGCAAAGUUGGUCCUGGACAUGGUGGUGGCUGACAGCGGCGAGGGAUUGGUAACCCGGAGUGGGUGACAGUUUUGUGGAUUUCGCUGCCACCAGAGCAGUUGACAGAGAUAUCUGAUGGACGGUGACGACCUGUAUCAGGAUGUGGCGUCUCUGGGAUCUGCUUCUUCGGUGCCGGACCGAUGCCGUAAUGUCAUAAAGGAGCUGAUCGACACUGAGUCAUCUUAUGUAACCUCCCUCCGCGAUGUUCUUCAAGGAUAUCAGGAGCCUAUUAAAGUCCAGCAGCAUCUGCCAGUGAAGACUGAGGAUGUUGACACGAUUUUUGGCAAUACGGCAGGACUGCAUGCGUUCAGCAGAAGACUGCUGAAAUUGUUUGAAAUUUCUCAAAAUGAUAUAAACGGUCUGGCUUCCAUUUUCUUGGAAAGGGAAUCUGACUUCAAGAUCUAUACUGACUAUUGUACAAAUCACCCACGUUCCAUCAAAACACUAACAUCAGCUCAACAGCAGCCUACUGCAGCAGAGUUCUUCUAUGGAUGUCAGCUUGCCCUGGGGCACAUGCUGCCACUGAGUGCUUUCUUGCUCAAGCCUGUGCAGCGAAUCCUGAAGUAUCAUCUUCUUCUUGCUGACCUUCUCAAACAAUAUGGAAAGGCCGUCAGCACUGAGGAUGAGACGUACAACCUCCUGCGGAAAGCGCAGAUCACCAUGCAGAGUGUUGCCAAUUAUAUCAAUGCAUCAAUGCGAAAGGAGGAAGCGAAAGAGCUCAUCAAGAUGAUUCAAGGCUUAACGUACGAUGAUGAGCCUGGUGCGCUUGUUAUGGAAGGUGUAUUCCGUGCUCAGGGCGCCAAAGUCAAACGAAAAGUGUAUAUAUUUGAGAAGCUGGUCGUCCUGACAAAGCGAGCGAAGGAUAACGUAAACUACCUGCACAAGGCUCACAUUCUCCUGUCGCAGCUCACGGUGGUUGAGUCUCCUCCUAGUGUGCGGGAUCCGCUUGCCUUCCAGCUCUGCUCUUCGGAUGGGAAAACACAGGCCUGUAUCCUGUAUGCUAAAGAUGCUGAACAGAAGAAUAAGGUCAUUUCUCAACUCCGCCGGUUGAUUCUAGAGCACCUUCCCAACUUGCCAGCUGACGCAAGGAAGAAGAUGAUGGACUCUAUCGAGUCUGGCGGAGCUGUUGUGCCCAAGGGAGAUGCACCCAGCUCACCGUUGGUUCACAAGGAUAGAUUCCAGAGACAGAAGGUGACAAAGGCGAAGCGCGGCAGUGGUCGAACCAAGAAAGACUCGCAGGCCAACGAGAAUCACCUGGAGCCUAGUGAUGCACCGCACGCUGACUUAACACCCGCCGGUAGUGUCACCUCGAUGGAUAGCAUUAGCUCUACAGCUAUCGGUGACUCCCCAGCUGACGAAACCGUCGGCGACGAAUCCACGACUGACCCAACCAUCUAUGCCAUGAGUGAGGAUAUUUACAGUAGCAUCUAUGGCACAGUGGGUGAGCAGCUCCAGUUCUGUCCAAGUGAUGAUGAGCACGACGACGAGAAUGCCAAAGAUGAUGAUCAGCAGGACGACAAACAGGAGGAGGACGAAGAACCGGAAGUCCAACGACAGACAGUUCUGGAGCUUAACAGCUCCCCGAAGUGCGAGCCACUAGGUGAGGAUCUGCUCGAUAAGCCUGAAGUUGUUGUGCCAAUGUCGACUGACUAUCGCUUUGCUGCACCACGUCGCUCUUGUGAGCCACGCAUGAGCAGCUCCAGUCUUGGACUUGGUGGCGGCGGCAAUAUCUCCCGUAUUCUUACCUCCGCUGUGACGCAAGCAAACACAUCCACAAUGAAUCGCAUGGAAAGUGUGGCGAAUACAAGUCGCGCCACAGCAAAAACGACCCGGGCUGAAGGCCGAGCAUCAGCCAGUCAGACUAGCAUUGUUCAAGAUAAGAAGCAGCAGGAAGCAUCGAUGGCACUCACCAAGGGACUGGUGGGCCGUCUUGUGAAGAAGUACACAGAGUUGACUGAAGAAAAGCCAGACACCAGGAGCCAUAGAGGGUCCGUUGCCAGCCUAACAGCGUUAGACGAUCCCAUCACCGUUACAGAGCCGCUAUCUCCGCACCGGCACAUGCCCCGCUUCCGAAGUGCGUCUGUUGGUGCAUCGCCCGCUGAAGACAGCGCUCCAAUCAGGCCCAAAAAGGCGAGCACCAACCCAGCAUUGCAGAAAUCCAAGAGCAAGCCGCCGCUGCGUCGUGGCUACUCUACUGUCCGGAAAUGCACUGCACAGUACCCAUCGCUCUACGCAGUGUCGGCGGAGCUUCGUCGUGAUGGAUGGCGCAUUUCCCGCAAGGUGAAUAGCCGGCGCACGAGCGCUGCGUAUAGUUCCAAAACCACCACGUACAUCAAUCCCAAGGGUAAGGGGCCUGUUUCAUCGGGACGUGUGAGAGACCUUAUUGCCAAGUUUUCUGUACAACCCAUGUAGUUCAUUCUUACCAACCCAUUCGUUUCCCAAGCAGGAUAUAUUUUCUGUGCGUUGACUCCUCAUUUUUCAUAAGUGCUGGCACCCUUUAUCUCUGUAAAGCAGUCGCUAGAAUUCUCCCAUGAAACUUCCUCUACAGUUGCUUUAUCCGAUAAUUAUUUAUACUUUCAUCCCUUGCUUCUUUUUCUUUUGCAACAGUUGAAUGCUCUGUGAAGUGCUCACGAUGAUUAACUGGCUAACUGUGAUGUACAGCAUACAUAGUCGUACAGAGUAGCCUUGGACGUGUAUUUUAACACAGCUGGUUUAUAAAUAUAAUAAUUAUUGUGCAUCCUUUCUCCAGGUACAGUGAUUACCCACAACCUCA